AUGAAUAUCUUUCUCGAUAAAUAUGGAACUGAUACAACCACAAACUUUCAACUUAUGAGAUGGGCGAAUGAGUUAAGUAUAUCACCGUUUUAUUAUUGUAUGAGAGAUGAAAUAAAUGAUCUGAAAUAUAAGAAAGAAACCAAAAAACCUAACACUACAACGUGGAUAAAUAAAGCGAAACCUUACUUUGUGGAUCAAAUCGGAGACACUCUUCAAGGUGAUUUAGAUAUGAACAAUUUCAAAGUAACUAAUUUAAAAUCUCCGGAAAACGAUAAUGACGCUGUUCACAAGAAAUAUUUACGGGAACUAAUAAAUUCAAUUGAAGUAAAUAAAAACCAUUUAGAAGAUAAAAUAAGUAAUGUGAAAAGAUUCUUCAAACGUCAACUAAAUAAUAAAAAUUUUGUUAAUGAAACUAAACUACAACAAGAGGUAGAAGGUUUAAUAAGUUUUAUUCAAAAACAAUUGAUCAACGUAGCGAAUAGAACCGAGUUACAAAUUUAA